AAAAAUCAAUUUAGUUAAAGUUUAUCUUAUUUACAAUAAACAUGUAAAUGUCAAGCAAAGACAGUUGAAGUAACAGUUAAUGAAAAUUCAAGUUAGAAAAAGGAAAUUUGGAAAACAUCUUUUGGUUGGGCAACAGUAAAAGAGGAAGCAAUAGUGAAAACCACAAUGGUUUACAAAAAUACAAAGACCCAAGCAGAGAGUGAGUUAAAGAAAGUGAAAAGUCAAUUGGAAAGUUAUGGGAGGGCAUUCAGAAAGUAAAAUUAGUGUAAACCCUAUUUAAGACACAUCCACACAGGAUGGUCUCCAGAGCACCUAGAGUGGAAGGAUUAGGACCAAACAGACCCAAGGACCACAAGCAUUGGCCACAUUUGCCAUGGCUCGGCUCUGUGCUUUCUUGAUGUCCCUGGUGGUGGUGAGCUACUGGUCAGCCUGCUGUCUAGGAUGUGACCUGCCUCAUACUCAUAACCUCAGGAACAAGAGAGCCUUCACACUCCUGGCACAAAUGAGGAGACUCUCCCCUGUCUCAUGCCUGAAGGACAGAAAGGACUUUGGGUUCCCUUUGGAGAAGGUGGAUGGCCAGCAGAUCCAGAAGGCUCAAGCUAUCCCUGUCCUGCAUGAGCUGACCCAGCAGAUCCUCAGCCUCUUCACAUCAAAGGAGUCAUCUACUGCUUGGGAUGCAUCCCUGCUAGACUCAUUCUGCAAUGACCUCCAGCAGCAGCUGAGUGGUCUGCAAGCCUGUCUGAUGCAGCAGGUAGGGGUGCAGGAAUCUCCCCUGACCCAGGAAGACUCCCUACUGGCUGUGAGGGAAUACUUCCACAGGAUCACUGUGUACCUGAGAGAGAAGAAACACAGCCCCUGUGCCUGGGAGGUGGUCAGAGCAGAAGUCUGGAGAGCCCUGUCUUCCUCAGCCAACUUGCUGGGAAGACUGAGAGAAGAAAGAAAUGAGUCCUGAGCCACAUUGGAGAGGACUCUGCUGGACUAGAGCACUGUACCUCAUUGCUCAGAUUCA